ACAAACACUUGAGUCAUACAAACAUUGAUUUAUUGUUUUUGAUUGAUAUUAGAGUAAAAGCAUUGAUUGAUUUAGUAAUCAAUUUGUUUGAUCCAAUCGGCGAUAAUCUGAUCCAAAUAACAACAAAACGAUGACUUGUUUUGUGUAUAUCUCCGGCCAACGUAUGGACGGACAGAGUCGUGAACUACGAGAGAUGUAUUUAUCGCAACUGAUGACAGAUGUUAUCAUUGAAUGCAUCGAUGGCUCAGUGAUGGCACACAAACUGGUAUUGUCUUCACUAUCGCAACGAUUGUAUCAAUUGUUGUCAAAGUGGUCGACCAGUCAGUUGAUUGUCAUUAUACUAAUGGAUACCAAAGUCGAUGACAUGAAAUCCAUUGUCGAUUGUGUUUACUUUGGCCACCAAUUGGUUGAUAUUAAACGUGUCAAUCAAUUACAACAAAUUGCUAAUACAUUUGGUCUACAAUUGAAGACAGAAAUGAUCGCUGAAGAGUCACUUGAUUUUAAUCUAAUAGAAAGUGAUAAUAAUAAGAGUCGUUUGAAAGACAAACUAAUUGAACCAAUGGAUCAGCAAAUAGAUCAACUAAAAGAAGUAGCCAUCGAUUUGUCAUUAAGUUGUCAGUCGACCAAUAAAAUUGAUAACAAAAACAACUCAAUGAAGACAAUUGAGUCGAUUGUGGCCAACGAUCGGCCAAUUGUGACCAUCAGUCAGCUUAUUGGACCCAAAAGACGCCGAAAGCGAUCCUAUAAAUAAAGUCAUCGAUAAA